AUGGCCCGGAGCCAAUCUGGGCCUCAAUUCAAGCGCAUCCCGCACUUCGACAUUUGUGAGCUGUUUGACCCUUCAAGCAUCAUAAUCGUAGAUGGCGAGCCGGGAUAUACUAAAUCUUCCUACGGUCACUACGAAUCCUACCAUGGAGUCUCCGCGGAGUCGUCAAGCUCACACUCCCCAGCCCCGAAGCACCGCCGGACGGGCGUCGGUUCAGUGUCGGUAUUGGCGCCUAGGGCCCUACCGCCUGAGCUGCAGCCGUCGGUGGUCCUUGAAUGCGACCUGAAGAAGGAUUUGCCGACGAGUCACGUUGACCUGUUUGCUUUCAAGGAUGACUAUCGCCAGGUGAUGGAGCGGUUGGAUUCGCUCCGGCAGAAGUCCAUGGAGAUUAAGAAGGCGCAGUUGAAAUCGCAGAUGGAAGGGCUUCCUGCUGAUCAACUCACGCAGCUGUGUCAAUUGCGUACGGAAACGUCGUUGGCGCGCUACCUAUCGCAACCAAUCCGUACACCGACGAUAACGGAGGUUAUUUGGGCUGCCGCCAACAUGAACUUGCGCCACUUGGAGUUGACCCAGAAGGAACAAGGACAAAACAGUCGCAAGCGUUUAGACAUAUCUGUUGACGAGGAUAGCAAUGUUUGGUCGGAGAAGCGUCUGCACAAAUUGUUCGCGGGUAUGGUCAACCUUGACAGCUACCAGUUGGUUAUUGGGGAGCGUCGGUAUGCCUAUCGCAACAUGCCACAGGAGCUGGAAACAACGCGGCCGCUGAUUCUUACCGGCCCUCAGAAUCAGUCUAGCGCGUCGUUGCUACACCGAAGCGCCACGGAACACUACCUGGAGGAGAAGGCCCGAUCAGCCCUCGUCAUGGCGGCGGAUGACGAGUUGAUCGUGACUGUUAGUCUAUAUCACGGUGUUAGAGGCCACAAGCUGCGUGAAUACGACAUGCUUGCGUCACAAAGUCUCGCUAAUCUACGUGACGCGUUCCACUGCCCCGCCGAGAUCCGCCCAGUGGGCGUAGACCUCGACGUGCGUGGGUCGUGCUUUAUGUUGAACGGGCAGCUGUUCCCCGACCUGCGUGGAGACGCGUGCGACUACUCGGAGCCGCUUCUGCACUUCUACCAGCAGUUCAAACCGGGAACGCUACAAACGAGCGAGUGCAUCGAGCAGAGCGAUGCGAUUCUGUAUCAUAUGGAGCUGCCAGUGUAUAUUCCCGGAUACUUGUUGCACCACGGAGACUGCGAACACAGGGUGAUGAUCACGGCAGUCCGAGCCUUCGACCGCGUGCGUGACUGCCCAUAUGAGCCCUGCUACCCCGUAUGCGUCUUCACGCCGCGCCGGCGCUCUGUGCAGUGCCACGUCUGCGAGGUGAGGGAGGCCGACAAGUCGGUGUUCAACAGUUUGGUGCUGCCUCACAUCCCGUGCUACCUAUGCGACGACUGUUACGAUCGGUUCAAGCGCCUAGGAACACUGGAUGGUGUGUAUCGCUCCGAUGGCCUGGCGAAAACUGCGGCGAUCGAGUUUUGUGAAGAGUGA